CGUUUUCUUCUUCUCCCUCUCUCUCUCUCUCAUCAAAACCUUAAACAAGGGGAUUUUUGGGUGCAGAAGAAACAUCAGUAGGAGAAGCCUCUAAUUCAUAGAUUUUUGUUUGUUUCUGAUUCAAUUUCCUUUCUUUUCUCUAGGAUUUUCUUUUCUGUACAGUGAAAAAUGGAACCAGCAAGUAUUGAUUGGAAGAAUGUAAAUUCUAUUUACGUUGAAGAUGAAUUAUAUGAGCAUAUAAAUGCCCCUAAAUUUAUUGAUUUCACGGCUCCUGAUGAUCCUGUUGAUGAUGAAGCUUGGUUUUGUAAACCUGAUUGUAAGCAUCCAAAGACUGCAGAAGAUUUUCGUAGAUCUUAUCCUAAUUCAAAGUCUCAGGCUAAGUUUAUUAGAGCACUUAGUAGUAUUUCUGAGCCAUUACUACUGGGAGAUAGAAACUGCAGUCUUUUAUUUUCCAGAGAUUCUUACCUCAAAAGAAGAUUACAUAAUGAUCAAAGACCACCUGAAUCUCACGGAGAUAGUGAGAAUCAAAACCCCAAUUUAUCCACUCCACCUCCAAGAAACCCAUUAAAAGCAGUGUUCAAAUCGAGUGCACAAAAGAAGAAAUGUAACAAACAACAAUUGGGAACUUCUUCUCCUGCAGAAUCAUCCCAAGAACGUCGAAACCCACAACUCAAAACCACCCUCUCAGCCAGAAAUCUAUUCUCUGGUAAAGAAAUUCUGAGUCAGAUAACUGAAUUGUGCGGUGAAUUAAAGAAAUUGGCGACAAGAGCGACCGAGAAAGAAGGAUGCGAGAAAUCAAAUGAAGAAAAGACGGUUUUGGUGAAUGAAAAGAAAACACUUUUCCAAGAAUUAUUAGCCAACGGUUGUUCAGUAGAUUUGAGUGACAAAGUGGAUGAACAAGACGAGCGAGUACCUUUGUUUGCUGAGAAAGAGAAUGAAAAAGAGAGCAAACCUUUGCUUGCUCAGAAAGUGAAUUUGGAAUCACCAACUAGUAAUGGAAAACAGAAGCUGAGGAGAAAAAAAAAAUUUGAAGAUACAGAGAACAUUCCAAUGUCCCUGGAUUUGAAGAAGAUAGUUGGGGAGAAUUCGUUGCAGGUGAGAACUAAUCCUCCAUCACCGCAAUGCUUUUCAGCAACUCGUGGACCUCUCCGUUCCACCAAAGCUAUCACUCCGCUUAAGACUAUCAAGUCCAUGCCUGCUGAGAGGGGAAUCCUUCAAGAAGUGGGGCAGAAUAGCAGCAGAUUAGCAACAAGUGAUGAUCAGCUUCGUGGGGAGGAAAUAGCUUGGAGCAAAAAUAUCUCUCACUCAAAGAGCACUACUGGUGGUGGUUCAGAAGAAGCAAGAUCCUUGGACAUAUUUUGGUUCUUGAAGCCUUGCACUAUGUCUAGCUAAAAUGACUCGAGAGGAAGCUAAAGCAAAUAACUUCCUGAUGUUUAAUCCUUCGGGACACAAUUCUUUAUUUUUUUCAUCAUUCUCUUUUACAUUUGAUUUUUGUUUCAUAAAUGUAGAGGAAAGAAAUAAUAACAUUUCGAGUGUACUCCAUUCUUUAUCAAAUAAGUAAAAUACAUUUACUCUUUUAUACCCAUGAGAGAUUCCAACAUGUUUGUUUGUUUCAUUUCCUUCAUUAACAAAAUGAAAUAGAAACCG